AGUUUUUCCAAAGUUGCACACACUUCUCUCUUGGAUUUUUUUCGCGGGCUAAAGAAGUCAACAGAAAACGGCGAUUAUUCAGUGAAGAUUGUGGAAACAGAUCAGACAGACGUCAUGGAGGUGGAGGACCCCAUAUCUGACAAAUUCCGGACGCUCGUUGAGGCACUCAUGGCGAAGACGACCUCGGAGAUUGUGAAGGUUUUUGCGGAGGUUCUCCUCGAGACUAGAGUGGAGAUUUCUCGUAGCUGGAGAAAAAUUGAUGAGCUGAAGCAAGAGUUAGAACAGAGAGAUGAGCAGAGAGAAAAAUGUGUUCUCAAAAAUCAAACGACUCAAGUAACUUUCAAAAGGGAAGAAAUUGAGGUACAAGUGCACCCAUUACAUGAAGACCCUCAGAUUGCUGUUUCAGACCCCAGCACUGUUGAAUCAGCAGAAACAGAAAGCCAGAAUGAAGUGCAGAAACCUGAGAAGGCAACAGACACCAGAAAAGACAGUGCAGCAGUCCCUGGACCACUGACUCUAAGGAUCACAACAGUUGCUACAACUGACAGUGCUUCAUCUUUCACCCAAAACCUAGAGGCUGAGGCUACACAGAGUAUAGUUAAACCCAAAAAAAGGCAUGCACAAAAAUCUACUACAGAGUGCCAAACGUCCCCUGCAAUCAUACAAACCAAGACAAACCCAGUGGUCGACCCCCAGCAGCCAUCUACAAGCACAAGCAUCAUAUUACUUACCAAGAGAUCAGAGGAGAAGGGGGCAGUAGUGACCAAGAAAACAUACCUGCAAAAACACGCUUCACCUACAGAUGGCAACACCACACCACACACACUUCGUGGCAGGCAGUUCCGUAGCCAAAGACCUUGUCUGUGCUGCUCCUCUGAUCAGUGCUCGGACCAACAAAAAGAACCAAAAAAAAGAAACACUUCCUCUGUGGUUCCACGUGUGUCCACCUGCAGAGAUUGUGGAACGACAUGUCAGGACAAGACGGAGCUCAAGGGACACAAGUGCUCCAUCAUGUGUAACAGGUGUGGACAGUCAUUCACUAGUCUAAAGACCCUGACCACUCACAGUCAGGGUGUACACACUGCUUCAAAGAGGGCGUUUCCUUAUCGUUGCUACCCCUGUAGUCAAAUGUUUGCAACACUUUGUGGCUGGAACAUGCACAAGAGAAUCCACACCCAUGGAUGUCUUUCUGAGACUACAAAGCAGAGCAUGCCUAGCUCGUCCCAUUCAAUCACAGUGCCAAAAGAACUAAAUGCCAAGGUGGAGGUUCGAUUAGAGAGAAUCUCACAUGCUCAGUUGGAAGCUGCAUUGUCUUCCAAAGGUUCAUUGUCAAUUAGUGAUAAAAACAUUAUGAGCUCCUCAGCUUCUCCAGUGCCCUUAGCAGCAGAAACCACUGUGCCUACCGGGAGCACACUAGCUGUAGAGGCAGUCAACAAUGCACCCCUGUUAAAUCAAGAAUCUGGAAUUGAGAGUGGUGCUACAAAUGUCAUAGUAGGUCAAGGUUCCAGUCCUGGAACUGAGUUGAGUCAUUCAGUCAAAAUUUUGAGUCAUUCAGAUGAUGUUACAGAAGGUUCUGUUAUUCCAAGCCCCUCUGCUCAAAUUCAGCCAGUGGAAAAAAGGACUCCAUCGAAAUCACUGACUUUGCGUAGAGCUUCUAUGAUUGAUUGUGAAGAAAGCAUGUCCCGUGCAAGUGAUGAAACAAUGGGAUUCAAUUCACGAAAGCGGAAACUGGCAGACUGCAAUCACGACGUGUACAAUGGUGUGUUCCCUGUCGAGAAAAUUCUGAAAUGGAGAAAUAAAAAGGGCCAAAAUGAAGUUAGAAUCAAGUGGAUGCCUUGCUCAUUAUGUGGGGCAAAAUGGAAAAACACCUGGGAGCCAGCAGAAAGUUUUAUCUCCUAUAAGGAUGACAAAAAAGAAGGACUUAAAAGCAAAGAUAAGCAGAAAUGAUCUUUUAUGUGAAUACUGUAAAUACGUGUUUUUAAAAAAAGAUGUAGUAGCUUUUAGGUUUGCACUCACUAUUCCAUCUGAAUUUCAAAUUGUGAGUUAUUUAUUUAGGGACCUAAACAUAAAAAAAACAUGCUAGAUCAUUUGUGCAGCAUGAUUUGCUACUACAUUCUGCUUAAAAAAGCAAAUAUGCUAAUUAUUACAUAUUUUGUUUAAGUAAGAUGCACAUUUGCAGACAUGAGUCCAUUAUUCAAGGCAAUUUGACCCUGACUUCAUCCAAAUGCAACAAAUUAUCCAAACAGAUGCACAGUUUUUUAUAUAUAUGUUUGGGAUUUUUGCACACCACUGCAGAAUACAUCCAGCCCUGAAACUUCCUUAGUCAUUGAAUAUUUGUUUUUGUAAAUAUUUUUUUUUAUUUUACACAUUAAUAUGUCCAUUUAUUCUUUGUUUAUAACAAAAAAAUAAUAAAAAUUGUGGUACCAAAUACAUGGAAUAUGUGUCCUUCCACUUGCUGGAGUUGGGAGGUGCAGACUGUGAAGAUUAUUAUUUCCAUAUUGCUUAUUUUGUUUAAAUUGUCCAUUGGUUUUCAGCAUCAUAAUUAGGAGUUUGGUUACAUUUUGUUUUAGUUUUCUUAUUUGCUUGGAUAACUUUUUAGAGACAUAGUUAGCAUGACAUGCGUUUUGUUUAAUCUACUUGAAACAUAACAGCAAGUGCAAUAAAUCAGUAUUCACUAUAAUCCCUCUCAAUAAAAACCCUAAGAUAAACUGACUUUUUGUAUUUUCUGUUUAUGCAAUUUUUCCCAAUUUUCCUCCCAAUCUAGUUGUAUCUAAUUACCGUAAUUUGCCUCUAUUGCUGAAGACCUUCACUCCUGACUGAGGAGGGUUGUGACCGUUGCACGCUCCCUUUGACAUGUGUGCAGUACCGACUGCAUUUUUUCACCUGCAUGAGAAGAUUCAAAUGGGGAUUCAUUUCAUGCACCCAUCUCCAAUCUCCAUUAUCCCCGUCUCAUUGUGCAGGGGCCAGCUAUCAGCCAGCAGAGGCCAUAAUUGGAGCAGUUGAAAAAAGCUGUGUUUAGCCGUUGUUCUGCCCUCCACAGACACACAGCCAGUUGUGUGUCUGUGUAAGUGCCCGGCCGACUGAUAGCAGAGCUGAGAUUUGAACUUGAGAGUUUGAGAUCUCCACUCUGGUGAGCUAGCUAAACUUUUUAACCUGAUUUAGGUAGCAUUUAUGUCACCAGGUUUGUGGCAUUAAUCCAUGAUGUCCAAGCCUGAGAAAUGUAUGUCUUGUCAUCAUCACUGACUGGGUUAAGAUGAGUUGUUAAUGAAAGUUAUUUUUAGAGUGUUUAUUACUCAAACUGUAUGCUAAUUUGUACAUUUUUGGGUGACUAUUGUAUUCACAAUUUUACAGAAGUCUUACUGUUCAACAUAAGUCACAUGAUACUGUCUAAUAACUAAUAUUAAAUUGCCAGCUUACCUGUAGAAGCAUUCUUUUUUUAUGUCAUGUCAAAGCUGUAAGACCACUUGAAUCAUUGUAUUAUUGUAAUUUAA